AUGCUAAAAUGUCAUCAAUGUCAAUUUAUUUCAGUUUGAAAAACGUAAAUCUUGGAUUGUGUCAUUGCCCGUGUGGUGAUAAAUUUGUCAAAAAAGCAAAGUAUAAAUUUUUAUUCAUCAAAUUUUGCACACUUUAGAGGAUAUUAUCUAAAUAAAUUUUAGUUAUUUUUAUUUCAAUUUUAGUCCUAAACAGUUUUCGAGAUGCCACGAGGUAAAUUUACGAAUCACAAGGGCCGCAAUCGUAGAUUCACGAAUCCCGAAGAGUUGGAGGAAGAACGUAGAAGGGAAGAACAAAAAAAGAAGUGGAGACAACAACACGGAGGUGAAUCCACUAGCGAGGAAAGUGAAGAAGAGAAAAAGAUCAGCGAAGAAUCUGGAUCUGGAAGUGAAGAAGAGAGCAGUAGUGAAGGCGAAGAAGGAAAAGCUAAAGGAGUAUCUAACCUAAUUGAAAUAGAGAAUCCAAACAGGGUCCAAAAAAAAAUCAAAAAAGUUACAAAACUGGAUACGAGUGAUGCAGGCGAUAGCAAGCCGCAACUAUCCAGAAGGGAAAGAGAGGAAAUCGAAAAGCAAAGGGCACAAGCUCACUACCAAAAACUGCACGCCGAAGGUAAAACUGAACAAGCUAGAGCGGACUUGGCCAGACUAGCAAUAAUAAGGCAGCAACGCGAAGAUGCAAAAAAGAGACGAGAAGCUGAAAUAAAAGAAAGGGAAGAUGCAGCUAAAGCAAAAACAGCGGCAACUCAAAAAGCUCUAGGGAAAAAAUGAGACCAAUUUUAUUUGGGUUAUUAUUGGGUCUUUCAUCUCAGUUUUCGACCCAUGAACUUACCAUGCAAUACAAAACUACUUCGUGUUUUUUAUUUUUAUUUUAAGCAAACCCUUUUUAAUUUUGUUGCUAAUUGGACGAAAUUUUCUAAUUGUUUAAAAAAACUAACAACAAUACAAUGUGUUUUGUAAUAAUAAAAAACAAUAAAUAAUAAAUUGAUUCAAAUUUCAA